AUUGACCGGAGAAUCUUUCCCCCUUUUCCUUUGUUUCUCUUACCGGUUUCCCAACGUCUCUUUGUUCAAUCCAAUCCCCUGUUUGCCAUCAUUGGGUGAUUCAAGAUGUUUCGAGCCCGGCAGGUGACUUUGGCGGCCAACGCCCAGGCGACCACUGCUCACCAUCCACGGACUCUCGUUUCCAGACCCCUGGAUCACGUCCUGAGGAAACAAAUUAUUAGAGGAACCGCCUCUGCUGCGACACAUUCAAUACCAACCAACGUGGCAAACGCGCACACCACAGAUGUCGCUGCUCCGAGUCAUCGUGUGCUGCCGCCGGCGGUUGAUGAAUCGUUCAUCGGCAUGACGGGAGGCCAGAUUUUCCAUGAGAUGAUGCGUAGACAUAACGUGAAACACAUCUUUGGGUACCCAGGCGGCACCAUUCUCCCAGUCUUUGACGCUAUCUACAAUUCCAAAUACUUCGAAUUUAUUCUCCCCAAGCAUGAGCAGGGCGCAGGGCACAUGGCGGAGGGAUAUGCGAGAGCCUCGGGCAAGCCAGGUGUUGUCCUCGUCACAUCUGGACCUGGUGCCACGAACGUCAUCACGCCUAUACAAAAUGCUCUCUGCGACGGAACCCCUCUGAUUGUUUUCUGCGGCCAAGUGGCCACUUCGGCCAUCGGCAGCGAUGCGUUCCAAGAAGCUGACGUAUUGGGAAUCUCCCGCGCAUGUACUAAGUGGAAUGUCAUGGUCAGACAUACAUCUGAGUUACCACAGAGGCUGAAUGAAGCCUUUGAGAUCGCCACGAGCGGAAGACCGGGUCCCGUCCUUGUGGAUUUGCCCAAGGAUGUCACAGCUAGUGUACUCCGACAGGCGAUCCCAACUACUUCCGCCUUGCCCAGUCUACCGUUGGCUGAGAUGCAGCAAGCCGUCCCGAUAAAGACCAUUGCUCGUGUGGCAGAUCUGAUCAAUGGGGCCAAGAGGCCAGUCAUCUAUGCCGGUCAUGGUGUCUUGAGCUCCAAGGAUGGGCCUAGACUGCUCAAAGAACUCGCGGACAAGGCAUCGAUACCCGUCACCACCACAUUGCAAGGACUCGGCGCCUUCGAUGAGCUCGAUGAGAAAGCUCUGCAUAUGUUGGGAAUGCACGGUGCAGCUUAUGCCAACAUGUCAAUGCAAGAAGCUGAUCUCAUCAUUGCCCUCGGCGCAAGAUUCGAUGAUCGCGUGACUUUGAACAUCCAGAAGUUCGCGCCUGCUGCGAAGAGGGCUGAGACUGAAGGCCGUGGUGGUAUAGUGCAUUUUGAAAUUCUACCAAAGAACAUCAACAAGGUUGUCCAAGCUACGGAGGCUGUGGUUGGUGAUAUCUCAAAAAAUGUUACCCAUCUCCUGCCUCUUGUAAAGAAGACCACCAUGGCAGAUCGUUACGAGUGGUUCGAGAAGAUUAAAGAAUGGAAGGCACGGUGGCCUCUCAAUCUAUACGAAUCUUCUGAGGAACGGUCACACUUGAUCAAGCCCCAAUAUAUUAUAGAAGAGCUCAGCAACCUCACCGCCGAUCGCAAACACGAGACCAUCAUCACCACUGGCGUUGGCCAGCACCAAAUGUGGACGGCGCAGCACUUCCGAUGGCGCUACCCAUAUACUAUGAUUACAUCAGGUGGACUGGGUACUAUGGGCUAUGGUCUUCCUGCCGCAAUUGGAGCUAAGGUGGCUCGGCCAGAGGCCCUGGUUAUUGACAUUGAUGGAGAUGCAUCCUUCGGGAUGACUCUCACUGAGAUGUCCACUGCUGCUCAAUUCAAUAUUGGCGUGAAGGUCAUUGUUCUGAAUAACGAGGAACAAGGUAUGGUUACACAAUGGCAGAACCUCUUCUACGAAGACCGCUAUGCACACUCCCACCAGCGUAAUCCUGAUUUUAUGGCAUUCGCUAGAGCAAUGCGUGUUCAUCACCGCCGCAUCAGCAAGCCAGAGGAGGUCACCGACGCCCUGACAUGGCUCAUAAAUACUGACGGACCAAGCCUGCUGGAGGUUAUCACCGACAGAAAGGUUCCAGUUCUUCCCAUGGUGCCUGCUGGGUCGGGUCUCCAUGAGUUUAUUGUGUUUGAUGCCGAACAGGACAAGCGGAGACGAGACCUAAUGCGUCAAAGAACUGCUGGAUCUCAUGGAGAGUAGGCGUUCGAGUAAUCUUUUUCUUUCUUCAUCUUUCUUUUUUUCUGGGGAAGCGUAUAAAAGUUAUUGAUAGAAUCCGCUGCUGGUGUCGCACGGAUGGACGAGAAUAAACAUUAAUUUUCAAUAAUCACCACCUGCAUAUGUACUGUAUAUAUAGUUAACUGCUAUAGUUAAUAGACCG